GUGGCUGAAACGAAUAUGGAGGAGCGCUCCCAAGCGAAACGGAAAAAGGUCCGCAAGGGCACAAAGAGCUGCUGGGAAUGCAAGCGGCGCAAGGUUCGCUGUAUCUUCAGCUCCUCCUCCAACGCCAUCUGCGAUAACUGCAGACGACGGGGAUCUAGAUGUAUCAGUCAGGAGCUCCCUGAUAGCCCUAUACCUACAAGAAAAGACUGGGUUGAUGCUCGGCUCGACCGAGUGCCGUACCCAGCCAACAACAUCCCCGCAGGCCCGUAUGAGAGCACAAACCGCGAUCUUCUCGCGGCCUGGCCCAGCCAGAGGGAACUCAAUCAUAUUUACAAUCUCCCUGUUGGCAUAUCAGUAUAUAUGAAUUAUGAAAUCUGGGCCCCAAACCCCUUCCCCACAGACGACAGCCUACCAACUCCGCAAGAAAUGCUCCAAUUACCAGAACCAAACUCCCACCCCGUCAUAAUCGCACGCAAACUGCUCAUCCUCGCCAUCUUUCUCCAAGGCAUAUCCCCAUCCUCCAUCCAAACCCUAUCUAACCUAUCCAUCUCCCACCACGACAUCAUGACCCGCGCCGUCACCUGCGCCAUCAGACUAGUAACCACAAACGACGAGCUCAGUGGCUGUAUCGAAGGCCUGCAAUGUAUCAUGCUCGAAGCUCAAUACCAGAACUACGCCGGUAAUCUCCACCAAGCCUGGUUAGCCACCCGCCGAGCCACGGCCAUCGCACAAAUGCUGUCUCUCCACCGAGGGCUUCCCCCAUCAUCCCUCAAGGUUCUCGAUCCAGCUACGCGCGAGACCCUAAACCCAGAUUACCUGUGUUUCCGCCUCAUCGAAAUGGACCACUACCUCUCCCUCAUGCUCGGCCUACCACCUACCAAUCUCGAAGCACGAUGCCUCUCCCCAAAACUUUUAGAGACAUGCACGCCUCAAGACCGCAUGCACCGCAUGCACUGCAUUAUAGCAGGCCGUAUCCUCCACCGUACCGAAGCAGACAUCAACAGUGUCUCCGUUACGAACGACAUCGACCAAAUGCUCCAAAACGCAACCGCCCAAAUGCCUCCUCAGUGGUGGCUCAUCCCAGACCUAACAGCCAACCAAGCCCAAACCACCAUCAUCCAGAAUACCCUCCGCCUAAACGCCCACUUCACGCACUAUCAACUCCUCCUCCGUCUGCACCUCCCCUACAUGCUCCGCUCAUCCCACUUCUCUACGGCAUAUGACCAAAGCAAACUCACCAUCAUAACCGUGAGUCGCGAGAUAGUAGCGCGGUAUAUCGCUUUCCGCGCCUCGAAUCCAGCACAUUACUACUGUCGCGGGGUGGAUUUCAUUGCUUUUGUGGCGGUGACGGUACUUGGUAUUGCGCAUAUUGACUCAUUCAGUAAUAUGCAGCCUGGGAAGGGAACGAUAGUCAGUUUCCUCGGACAUAGUCGACCGAGUGACCGCGGGAUGAUGGAGCGGACACUUUCUAUUAUUGAGGGUAUGGUGGAGUCGGGGUCAGGGACGGAUGAGAUUGCGGGGAAAUUGGCGGGUAUAAUGAGGCAUUUGUUGAAGGUGGAGGAGAGUGCUGCUGGUGGUGUAGGAUAUACAGCUAGGGAGGGCGAUGAGUAUGCGAGGGGAGGAGGAGGGGAGUAUGAUGGAAGGGUAGGGGAUGGGGGGACGAGUCUGCAUGUCUAUGUUCCGUAUUAUGGGACUAUUGGGUUUGAGAGGAGUGAGAAGGAGAAAAUAGUGGAAGAGGAGGGUGGUGGUAGUAGUGAAGAGUGGGAUAUGCAUGCGGUGGAUGUGGCGCUAUUCAAUAGUUUGUUCGGAGAUAUGGUGGUUCCUGAUGUUGGGGAGGAGAGGUGGGAGGACUGGACGGGUGUAUAGAGACGAAGAGUAAGUGAACGAAU